AUGGGUAAUCACCAUGGGCGUCACUCAAACCCUGGCCACCGACACCAGGCGAAUCGCCCUUAUCUGUACAAUCACGGGCAACAACCUGUAAAUUCAGCUCCGGCGAUUUCAACCCCGAUUGCGAAUCCCGACAUGGGUCUGCGCUUGCCUUACGGGCACGUGGAUUCCAGCUUGCGGACGCUGGCUGGGCAAGCCGAGGGCUUCGGCCGCUUCGCCGUCGGCGGCGUAAAUGGAGACGUUUAUUGUGUCACCACGCUCGCCGAUGAUGGGCCGGGCUCUCUUCGUGAUGCGUGCCGUAAAAAAGAACCCCUGUGGAUCAUAUUUGAAGUUUCAGGCACGAUUGAACUCUCGUCUUACCUUAGUGUUUCCUCUUACAAGACAGUUGACGGGCGUGGUCAAAGGGUCAAACUCACCGGGAAAGGGCUGAGGCUGAAAGAGUGUGAACAUGUGAUUAUCUGCAAUUUAAUUUUCGAAGGGGGUAGAGGCCAUGAUGUUGAUGGCAUCCAAGUAAAACCGAAUUCGAGUCAUAUAUGGAUAGAUCGUUGCAGCCUAAGCGAUUAUGAUGAUGGGCUGAUUGAUAUCACCCGAGGGAGCACCGAUAUUACCAUUUCUCGGUGUUACUUUGCGAACCAUGAUAAAACCAUGCUUAUUGGAGCUGACCCUUCGCACACAGGUGAUAGAUGCAUGCGUGUAACAAUUCACCAUUGUUUUUUUGACGGGACUCGGCAGAGGCAACCGCGUGUUAGAUUCGGGAAAGUACAUUUGUAUAAUAAUUACACUCGAAAUUGGGGAAUUUAUGCUGUUUGUGCCAGUGUCGAGUCACAGAUAUAUUCACAGUGCAACAUAUAUGAAGCUGGCCAAAAGAAGGUGGCCUUUAAGUAUUACACGGAAAAGGCUUCUGACAAGGAUUCCGAGUGUACUGGCUGUGUUAAAUCGGAAGGCGACUUAUUCAUAAGUGGGACCCAACACGGUUUAGUGUCCCUCUCGACCGAGACUUCCGUUUUCCACCCGAGCGAAUAUUACGAGACAUGGACAGUCGAGGCUCCUACCGAUGAGCUCAAGCAUUUUCUACAACACUGCACAGGUUGGCAAAAUAUUCAAAGGCCAGCUGAUUCACCGGUUUCUUAA